CUCCGUAUUCAAUAUGGCAGACAAAUUUUCCAACACAAAUCAAAAUACAGAUAAACAGUGUAUAUCUAGUUAGAAUACAAAGCUGUCACCUAAAGUGAGUGAAACCCUCGACAUUGUGACAAGAUGAAGUCAUAAACAUGGCAGAAUGACGACAAAAAAUCAGAGAAUCGAUGUAAACACUGCAACAGUGGAAGACCUUGAGGGGCUUAUAGGCAUAGGACAUGGCAAAGCUGAGGCUAUCGUGGAACAUCGCAAUAAAGUUGGAGGGUUCCAGACAUUAUGUGACUUGAUCAAGGUUCCAGGAAUUGGGCCUGGUGUAGUGGACCCCAAUAGAAGCAUGCUAUCAUGUAGCAUGCCCGCUAAUAUUAAGACUCCACGCUCAAAAUGUGAAAGGGAAACUCGAAGUACUGUGGCACUAUAUGGGGCCUCACCAGAGUGCCACUGGUUGCCAGGGACAACACGCUCAAGACAGCCACAAACUGAACAAUUGAAAAUUAAAUCUGAGCCGGGAAUGAGGCUCCGUUGUCAUGGUAAUGAACCUGAAGCCCCUGAAAGUAGAGACUGGAUCAAAUUGUGUUCAAAAAUAAAGACAGAGCCUUCUGCAAGCUCAAGUAGUUGCAGCAGUAAUAAUUCACUUGAAAGUACAGUAUGUCCACUAAAGAAAGAAACAAUGGACAGUUAUGUAUCACCUGUCGUGAAUCCAUAUAAACCUCCAUUUGACAAUUUUGAUGCUAGCAGCGAAUCAGAGGAUGAAAGUGAUACUGAAGAUGAAAUAGAGGCUGGCAGGAAGAUUGUAUUAAAUUCAUCUCCGUCUCCGUUCAAAUUGAGAUCACGAAUUCCAGUUCCCGUCUUAUCUCAAGCAAUAGGCAAACAUUUUAUGAAAAGGAAGAGCGAGCAAUAUCCUGAUGUUAUACUGAAGAAAAAGCCAUGUCAUCUGCAGCAAAGUGAUCCGACAAUGCGGACAUUUGGCACAAUAAAAACAAGUGGGGCCUCAACUAGUACUCCAAGGAGAAGGAUCCCAUCUAAACAAAACCCACCUCCUGAACUUGCACAUUGGCUUAAGGUCUUUCAGGGCUGGAGCAACGCGGAGCGAUUGUUGGCAUUAGAUGAACUUAUAGAACAGUGUGACCCGACUCAAGUUCGACACAUGAUGGCUGUUAUAGAACCUCAAUUUCAACGAGACUUUAUUUCAUUAUUACCAAAAGAGUUGGCGUUAUAUGUUUUAUCAUUCUUGGAUCCGAAAGAUUUACUCCAAGCUGCUCAGACUUGUCGCUAUUGGCGUAUUCUAGCAGAGGACAAUUUACUUUGGCGGGAAAAGUGCAACCAAGAAAAUAUAGAUGAGGCGCUAGUUUUUGGGCCUAGAGUACGGAGGAAAUCCUUGUCACCUCUUGUGUCCUCUCCAAAAGCUCCAUGCCCAUAUAAGGCGCUUUAUAUGCGACAGCAUCAAAUUGAACAAAACUGGCGUACGGGUUCAGUGAAAAAUCCAAAGGUAUUGAAAGGACAUGAUGACCAUGUAAUUACCUGCCUGGAGUUCUGUGGCAAUCGUAUUGUGAGUGGAUCUGAUGACAACACACUAAAAGUUUGGUCCGCCUUAACUGGAAAAUGCUUACGUACCUUAGUUGGUCAUACAGGGGGUGUUUGGUCAUCGCAAAUGCAAGGAAAUGUUAUAAUAAGUGGAUCAACUGACAGAACUCUCAAAGUCUGGAAUGCUGACACUGGUCAAUGUACACAUACCCUUUAUGGUCACACUUCAACAGUUAGAUGUAUGCAUCUGUUUGAAAAUAUUGUUGUCAGUGGUUCUAGGGACGCUACUUUACGAAUGUGGAACAUAGACUCAGGUCAGUGCUUACAUGUCCUCAUGGGCCAUGUGGCGGCAGUGCGCUGCGUGCAGUAUGACGGGAGACGAGUCGUCAGUGGCGCCUAUGACUAUAUGGUGAAGAUCUGGGAUCCAGAUACUGAGACUUGCUUACACACUUUACAGGGCCACACAAACAGGGUCUACUCAUUGCAGUUUGAUGGAGCUCACAUUGUCAGUGGCUCACUGGACACAUCAAUUAGAGUUUGGGAUGUUGAGACUGGCAACUGUCUUCACACUCUCAUAGGGCAUCAGUCCUUAACUAGCGGAAUGGAACUUAAAGACAAUAUUCUUGUAUCUGGGAAUGCUGACUCGACUGUUAAAGUGUGGGAUAUAUUGACUGGCCAAUGCUUACAGACAUUACAAGGCACCAACAAGCACCAGAGUGCUGUGACAUGCCUACAGUUCAACAGAAAAUUUGUCAUCACUUCUUCAGAUGAUGGAACUGUCAAAAUUUGGGAUUUGAAAAACGGUGAAUUUGUACGAAAUCUCGUUAGUUUGGACAGUGGGGGAAGCGGAGGGGUAGUUUGGCGUGUGAGGUGUAGUAAUACAAAACUUGUAUGUGCAGUUGGAUCGAGAAAUGGCACGGAGGAAACCAAACUACUUGUUUUGGACUUUGAUGUUGAAGAGCAUUUUGGAUUGAACUCUGCCUUAAAGAAAUUGUAGUAAAUUGUAUGAUAUUGAUUUUGCAGAAAAUUAUAAUAGUUUACACUUAAUACAAGCAUGACGUGCUCCAUUGUAUGGUCAUAUGUGCAAUAUACGAUGAGCUCCACAGAUGGUUAUACCUUAUGUGUAAUACUUACACUGUCAUUUUUAUUUCAUGGUCAUUUAUGUAGCAUGGCUGACAGAAAAAUGCAGUACUCUAAUUUUGGAAUUACUUUUUCAAAUAUGAUGAAUCCUUGAAUCGUAUUGUGCUGAUACCUUGCCUUUACAUAAAACAGUGGUGUACUUUAAUAGCAAUUAUUAAUUGCCUUCAGAUUUUGAGAAACCCAACUUUGCAUCUCUACGAAUCGUUCAAAUAUGGAAUUUGUUUUUGUCAAUAAUUACCAAAUAGGCAAGGAAAAGGGAAAAAUUGAAAGAACUGGUUGUGGGUUUAUAACUAAAUUCAACAUUUUUAAGCUAAACCAGUUAUCGAUAAAUAUUGAAAAUCACACAUUAUCUUUGCGAUGGUCAUCUUUUGAAUGGUAAC